AUGAUUCACCCUGAAUAUGUGACCUUGAUGAGUUCCAAGUCCAAAGAUGAACCCUUAUACUUCAAGGAACAGCCCAGGGAUCAUCCCAGAUUGGAGCCAGAGUCGGGCUAUGAGAAUCCGACACAUCUAGAUUCAAUAUUUACGCACGCCACGAAUCUGGUGUCGCUUCGUCUUAAGCUUUCAGGUGUCAAUGCCCUAAGCGCCUCCAAGGCGUCAGCAUCAGAAGUUGAAAAUGCCAAACUUUUCACGUCAGAUGCACCGCGUCAACCAAUCAGGGACGAGUAUCCAAAACUAGAAGAAAACCUUGUGAUGUUUGUUAAAAAUGAGCUAAAGAAGUGGCACGGGCUUCUGAAAUCUGCAGAAUAUUUUGAGACCGAGGAGGAGGAGCAGCAGAGCAACAGAGAGGCAUUUCUGAGGAUUACCCUGGACUUUCUCAAAAAGAUGGAUGAGAACCUCGCUGACCGUCUUCAGAAUGAAAGCACUUUUGGGAUCUUCUGUUGCAAGAUUAAAUCGUGCUUAAGGCAGAGGUACAACUGUGUGUCUGAGGGCAUCCCUAUAGCAGGAAAUGCCACCCUCCUGAACCAGAUCUACACAGAGCUCUACAUCACAGAGGGAGGGGCUGCGGGAGUCAACCAGGAACAUGAGGUCAGACAGAUCGAGACUGACUAUAGGACCCCAGGCCGACUGGAGACAGCCAUCAAAUGUGAAGACAUUUUUAAAAGCUCUGCUGGAACAAAAAAGCCCAUACAUAUUGUGUUGACGAAGGGUGUGGCAGGCAUAGGGAAAACCAUGCUGACUCAGAAGUUCUGUCUGGACUGGGCUGAAGGUAGAACUAACCAGGACAUCCAGCUGCUUUUCCCAUUCACUUUCAGAGAGCUCAACGUGCUCAGAGACCAAAGGUUCAGCCUGGUUGAACUGCUGCACCACUUCUUCAGUGAAUCCAAAGUAAUCAGCAACUUUGAGGACCUCCAGGUGCUCUUCAUUUUUGAUGGUCUGGACGAAUGCAGACUUCCUCUGGACUUCAGCCGAACCCGGGUCCUGACUGACCCCACAAAGUCCACCUCAGUGCAUGUGCUGUUAAUCAACCUCAUCAGGAGGAACCUGCUCUCCUCCGCUAAGGUUUGGAUAACCACUCGCCCUGCAGCGGCCAGUCAGAUCCCAGCCUCCUUCAUUUCCAUGGUGACAGAGGUGAGAGGGUUCACUGACCUACAGAAGGAGCAGUACUUCAUAAGAAGGUUCAGGGAUGAAGAGCAGGCCACAGCCGUCAUUUCCCACAUCAAAAAGUCCCACAGUCUGUACAUAAUGUGCUACAUCCCGGUCUUCUGCUGGAUCAUCUCCACUGUCCUGCACCAUGUGAUGAAGACUGACACAGACGAGCUGCCUCAGACAUUCACCCAGAUGUACAUCCACUUUCUGGUGAUCCAGGCCAAAAUCAAAAAUCUGAAGUAUGAUGGGCAAUCUGAGACAGAUCCUCAGUGGACAAAUGAGACCGUGAAGAUGGUAAAGUCUCUGGGAAAAUUAGCUUUUGACCAGCUGCUAAAAGGAAAUCUGAUCUUUUAUGAGUCAGACUUGAAACAUUCUGGCCUGAACACCAAAGCUGCCUCGGUGUACUCUGGUUUGUUCACACAGGUGUUUAGAGAGGAGCAAGGCCUGUACCACGACAAGGUCUACUGCUUCAUCCAUCUGAGUGUGCAGGAGUUUCUGGCUGCUCUUCAUGUUCAUCAAACCUUUGUCCACACUGGUGUAAACUUGCUCUCAACAAAACAACCAAUAAAUAUCAGUCUGAAGAGAUUAAAAGGCAAAUGUAAACUCAAAGAUCUCCAUCAUUCAGCUGUGGACCAGGCACUAAAAAGUCCAAAUGGACACCUCGACUUGUUCUUGCGAUUCCUCCUGGGUCUGUCUCUACCAGAAAAUCAGCGUCUGCUCCAAGGUUUUUUGCUACAAAAAUCAGAAGUUAACCAAGAGACAGUUGAAUACAUCCAUGAGAAAAUCAACCAGGACCUAUCUGCGGAGAGAUGUGUCAACCUCUUUCAUUGUUUAAAUGAACUUAAGGACUAUUCUUUAGUCUUAGAUAUCCAAAGAGCUUUGACUACAGAGACCCUGAAAGCAGAAGAUCUGUCUCCAUCUCAUUGGUCGGCUCUUGCCUUUCUCCUACUGACCUCAUCUGAAGAUCUUGAGGAGUUUGACCUGGAGAAAUACUCCUCUUCAGAAACAGCUCUACUGAGACUGCUGCCAGUCAUCAAAGCUUCCAAGAAAGCUCUUUUAAGGAGCUGUAACUUGUCAGAGGAAACGUGUGAUCCUCUUUCCUCAGUUCUCAGCUCACAGACUUCCUGCCUCCAACACCUGGAUCUCAGUUAUAACAACCUCCAGGACUCUGCAGUGGAGCUGCUGUGUGAAGGACUGGCGAGUCCAAACUGCAAACUGGAGACCAUCAUUCUCAGUCAAUGUAGCUUGUCCCAGAGCUGCUGUGGCCAUUUGGCCUCUGUCCUCACGUCCUCCAGAAUCCAACACUUGGAUCUGAGUAAUAAUGAUAUCCAAGACUCAGGAGUCGAGCUACUGUUCUCUGGGCUGAAGACAACCGUGUGUAAACUACUGAGUCUGAAGUGA